AUGCGCAUCUCUGACAAUUCACAGCUCAUCCUCGGUGCUGCGGCUUGUCUUGGUGUCGUAAUUGCUUGGGCUUACCGCCGUAAAUCACAGAGCAACCUUCCCCUCCCGCCUUCCCCUCCCACUUGGAAACUUGGGGGGCAUGACCUGCCAGAGCAACACCCAUCCUUCACUAUAGGGGAAUGGAUUGACGAGUACGGUCCUCUGAUCACCCUUCGGUCAGGAUUUGAGAAGACCGUUAUUGUUGGCCGUUACAAGGCCGCUGUGGAUAUUUUGGAGAAUCAAGGCAGAUUGACAGCUGACCGCCCUCGCAUGAUUGCUGCUGGAGAAAUGUUUCACGGCGGAAUGGCUAUCGGAUUUGCCCACUGGGGGGAGAGAUUCCGUCGGAUGCGUAGAGCACUUCAUGCGCAUCUCCAGCCUAAAGCAGCUGAGACCUACGGGCCCCUGCAGAUGUCACACGUGAAGAACACAGUUCUCGGCAUUCUCGAUGAUCCACAGAACUUUCAGAGCCAUGUGCUAGCUUACACUUCGACAACAAUUAUGAAAAUUACAUAUGGGAAGAAUACGCCCACGUCUGCGACUGAUCCUGCAGUCAUUGCCAUUCGUCAUUUCGUUAAGGUGGGUACUGCGAUCGUGCGCCCUUACGCUUAUCUGGUGGACACUAUCCCGUGGCUCAAAUACGUCCCAUGGUAUGGGCUCGACUUGAAACGGGAGUAUGAGAGCGUCAAGAAACUUAACCUUAGUCAGUUGAACCGCGUGAAGGAACAAAUGCAGAGCGAUGUGGAUAUCGGCCCUUCGUUCGCGAGACAUAUCCUAGAAAAUGGCUAUGGUUUAUCUGAGACUGAGAUGGCCUUUCUUGGCGGUUCCUUUUUUUCAGCUGGAUCCGAGACGACUUCUAUCUUAAUUUGCACGGUAUUCAUGGCAGCAGCAUGUUUUCCUGAGGAGCAAGCUAAAGUUCAGGCCGAGCUCGAUGAGGUCAUCGGAAGGCACCGAGCGCCAACCUUCGCCGACCAAGAAUCCCUUCCUCGUCUGCAGGCAUUUAUCUCUGAGGCAUUGAGAUGGAGGCCACCCUUGCCUACCGGUGCGGCUUUACGCACGGAUGAUGAUCUGGCCCAUCAGGAAAAUUAUUGUAUUCCAGCUGGGACCAUUGUGGCCGGGAACCAUUGGCAAGUAUUGUCGAUCUCUCGAGAUCCAGACGUCUUCCCGGAGCCUGACGCGUUCAAGCCUCAGCGCUGGAUUGACGAUCAAGGUCGCCUGAAAGACGAUUUCAAAGUCAAGUUAUUUGUCUAUGGCUUUGGCCGGCGCGUAUGCCCCGGUCAACAUAUCGCAAAUAGAUCAAUAUUCCUCAACUCGCUUCUUAUUAUGUGGGCCUUCCAGCUUGCUCUGGAUCCUACGAAGCCAUUGGAUGACACUGGACUCAUGCACGGGUCGAUGCCAGAUGUCAUGCCGUGUUCAAUUAAGUUUGAGAAGAGAAUUCCGGAAUCGGAGCUCAGGAGCAUGAUGGAGCAUUAUCCUGAGACGUCGCCUGAGAAGUUUUGA